GCCGUGAGGGAGCGGCCGCCAUGCUGCGGGAGCUGCGGCGCCGCUGGGGCUGCUACAAGUACCGCUUCGUGCCCUGGCUCGCCCUCAACCUCCGCCGCCAGCGCAGGACCCUUCGAUAUGUUCCUGAAAGCUCUCAAGACAAAAUAAUUGCUGAUGAAGAUGUAUUUGAAACACUACUGAAAACAUUUAAGGCACUGUUCAUAAACAACUUCAGUAGACAAGCAGAUAUUCUGGCCAUAUUUCCAGAAGUCAAGUGUCAAUAUCUGGAAUUACUGACUGUGGAGCAGAAGCAGUCAAAAGUAAAUUCUGGUAACCAUCAGGGUCAGCACGUGUCUAGUCCUGAGGAGGUUUUGUUUAACACACUUGGGUUCACUGUUAGCAGAGACCGGAGUUCCCUCGCCUCUGCUGGAACUGGAGUCUUUGUUACCAAAGGUUUUGUACCGAAAGGGACGGUUGUGUCUAUGUAUCCUGGAACAGUAUACAGAAAGCAUGAGCCCAUCUUUUUCCAGUCCCUUGGCAAUCCCUUUAUUUUUAGGUGUAUUGAUGGUGUCCUUAUUGAUGGGAAUGAUAAAGGACUGUCAAGAUCAGUGUACAGGUCUUGCAGCAGAAGAGAUCAACUUGGCCCUUUUCAAAUGAGUGAUGAGAGCUGGCUCACAGCCACCCCACAAAACCCACUGGCAGUGGGACAGUAUGUCAACAACUGCUCACAUGAAAAAGCAGCAAACGUGUGUUACCAAGAAUUUGAUGUGCCAGGACAUUUUCCAGUAGAACUGAAACAGUAUCUUCCAAACAUCGUCUACAGCCAUGACAUAGAGAGCCACUUGAGGUGCGUAGUUCUUGUCGCUCUCAGAGACAUCAAGCAAGGAGAAGAACUUUUUUCAAAUUACUACACUGUUGUCAGCUGAAUUAAUAGAUUCAAAACUGAAGAAAUCUGUGUCAAUAAAAUACGUGUGGUGCCUGUACUUUAAGCUUUAUCACCAUUUUUGUGUAAGGGAGAGCUGUAGUUUUACCAUCCAGAAAGCAAAACUGUAGGCUUGAAUUUCUCUGAAAAUUUUUUUCUCUGGAAAAAAGUCUACAUUUCAUGCACAGGUGAAGAUUUAACCAUUACACCAUUAGUUUCUCAGCUGUCUGCUGUUGUUGAUACUUCUGCAUAUUGGUGUUCAGCUGUCCAUAAGGUAGAUUGUAAAAUUAAAACCUGAGUUCUGUAUGUGUCAUUUAAUAUACUGGAUUGCACAGUUGUCUUUAACUGGGACUCUUGUA